AUGGAGGUCUUGCUGAGGGUAUUGUUGGAUGAUCAGUCGAAUAGCAAAGGAGUGGACGUGAUCCGUGAGUGUUUCCCUAAAAGCAUGGUGGCUGUUGUCAUCUUCCUGAUAGAAGCAAACUGGCAGGAAAACAUCCAAUCACUAUGGGAAUAUACUGCUGGAUACCCCUGCUCGCUCUACACCACGUCACUGUCAAGUACAUAUCUGAAGCCAUGGGUCCUGGAGAGUUUGAAAGGGCCAGAUCCAGAGGUAGCAAGCUUGAAUCACACCAACUUGCUUGUGCAGAACCAAGAGCAGUUACAGAGGGGGGGAUCCAUCACUGGACGUCAUGCCGAUCAACCGGGAGCCUCGACCAAGGUCAUCUGUCUCGCUGGAGAGAAACUCUGGGUCAUUCACGAUGAUGGAGAGGUGAAUGAUAGGAGAUUGCAGAGCGUGCUGUUGACACCGAGUAGCAGACUUAUCAUGUUGCCAGACACAAAGCACUUGGUCUGGUCCCCCAAGCCCACCCUUUGCCAGGGUCAUGCGUCCAUCAGCUAUGAUAGCUUGCACCUCUUGCUCGAUGGCAUCCAGCGGGCAGAGCUGUCUCAAGACUUGCUUUCGGAGUGUGGGUCUAUCAGGGGGAAGGACUAA